AUGGCGACGCCGGCGGACGGCGCCGCGUACUGGCUGCGGUGGGAGGUGUUCGCGUGCGGCGCGCUCAUCGCGGUCCCCACGGCGCUCGCCGCCGCGCUGCUGCCGCGGCUGCGGAGGCCCGUGCCGCCGCUCCGCGCCACCGACCUCUGGGUGCCCUGCUGGUCGCGCCUCCACCCGGCCUGGCUCCUCGCCUACCGCGCCUUCGCGCUCGCCGCCGCCGCCGCGCUGCUCGGCCGCAACGUCGCGUCCCACGGCCUCACCGUCUUCUUCUUCUACACGCAGUGGACCUUUUUAUUAGUCACCAUAUAUUUUGCGUUGGCGACUGCUAUAUCUGCUCAUGGAUGUUGGGUGUACUCAAAGAAAGCCUCGAGAAAAGCUGAUGAAUCCCAUGGUUUUCUUAAUGUUGAUGUCGAAAACCGUGACCUUUCUGGACAAAGUAAAAGAGAUGAGAUAGACAAGGUGAAAAGCUAUUAUGAAGAAAUAGCAAAUGAGAAAAGAGCUGCGUUCUGGGGACAUUGCAUGCAAAUCAUCUACCAGGCUAGUGCAGGAGCGACAAUGUUGACUGAUGUGACAUUCUGGGGACUCCUUGUGCCAUUCUUUUACCGUAAUAAGUUCGGGCUUGCCCUGGUCACUGACGGCAUGCACUCUCUUAAUUUUGUUUUUCUACUCAUCGACACACUUCUCAACAAUAUGCCUUUUCCCUGGUACCGCAUUGCUUUCUUCGUAUUCUGGAGCUGCUCCUAUGUAACCUUCCAGUGGGUCCUGCAUGCUUCCCAGGCUUUAUCCUGGUGGCCUUACCCAUUUCUCGACCUUGCAUCGUCCGGGGCUCCUCUGUGGUACCUCGGCAUGGCCAUUGCUCAUGUUCCUUGCUUCACUCUAUACUGGUUGGUCGUCAAGGGGAAGCAGGCUUACUUCCCAAGGCUGUUCCCUCGUGCUUGUGUGAGAACAAGUAACUAGAUCCUGCAUCUAAUCAUCGACCAUAUGUGCAAUAGGAUGUAGUAUAUCACGUAUGUAACUAGAGAGAGUAAUUAUUUCCACGCUUGAUAGCUCCCAAGUGUGUUCUUGUAUAGCCGGCUGAAUUCCGAAAUCCAUUGGAAUUACAAAUACUUUGAUCAAUGAAAUGAAAUGAAAUGCAGAGGAGAUUGUAACAAAGCCUCCUCCUUGUUCUCUA